CAGUUCCAUUUCCUUUUUAGAUUUCUUUUCAAGCUUGCAGGAACUGGGAGACAGAGUAGAUUGGAAAGUAUUUAAAAAGCUUCUGUGUAAAUUGGACGGUUAAGGUUAACUGGUCACUGCUUGUGAGGUCACACACCUUUAUUCUCAUUUCCAAAACAGCAGAAAAGUAUCAAAGGCCCAAUUGUAGGGGUGACUGCUGACUGUGCUGUUGUGUGAUGUUUUCAGCAAUGACAGGGGCUGUACUUCGGAGUUCCAUCGUGAAUCGGUUGACAACCUGUGGUCUCCUAGCUCAGGCAAAGCGGAGCUCUAGUCCCCUUGCACAACUGGGCUCCCAGUACAGGUUGUUCAGCCACAGCAUGUCUGCCUAUGCUGAACUUACAGUGCCUCCACCAUCAACCCUCUUUAAACCUCUGGUUGUCCCCAAAAAACUCAUGCUGGGACCAGGGCCAUCCAAUAUUUCUGAUCGGGUCCGGAAGGCUGGGGGUAUGCAACUGAUUGGACACAUGCACACUGAGAUGUUUCAGAUUAUGGAUGAGAUUAAGGCAGGGAUACAAUAUGCCUUUCAAACCACAAACAACCUGACUUUGGCAAUCAGUGGCUCUGGGCAUGCAGCUAUGGAAGCAGCCUUAGCUAACGUAGUGGAGCCAGGAGAGGUGGUGCUGAUUGCAAUUCAUGGCGUAUGGGGUGAGAGGGCAGCAGACAUUGCUGAGAGAAUUGGUGGAGAUGUCAAGAGAUUUGUAAAGCCUCCAGGGGAAUGUUUCAACUUGCAAGAAAUUGAGCAGGCUCUGGUACAGCAUAAACCUGUUCUGUUUUUCAUCACACAUGGAGAGUCCUCCUCAGGCGUGGUUCAGCAGAUGGAUGGGAUAGGACCUCUCUGUCACAAACACAAUUGUUUGCUGCUGGUCGACUCUGUUGCUUCUCUUGGUGGAGCACCUCUCUACAUGGAUAAGCAGGGCAUUGACAUCCUUUACUCUGGAUCACAGAAAGUCCUCAACUGUCCCCCUGGAACAGCACCAAUCUCUUUUAAUGACAAAGCCUGCCAGAAAAUAUUCAAUCGGAAGACGAAACCUACUUCACUUUACCUCGACAUGAGUUGGCUCUCAAACCUCUGGGGCUGCGAUGGGAGUCCGAGAAAAUACCAUCACACAACCCCCAUCACCUGUCUUUUUGCAUUGAGAGAGGCACUUGCAAUUCUUGCAGAAGAGGGCCUUGAAAAACACUGGAAACUUCACCAAGAAAAUGCCGAGUACUUACACAAAGGCAUACAGGACCUUGGUUUGAAACUCUUUGUCAAAGACAAGGCUCUAAGACUUCCUACAGUAACAACUAUUGCAGUUCCAGAUGGUUACGAAUGGAAAGAUAUCACUGACUUUAUUAUGAAGAAAUACCAGAUCGAGAUCACUGGAGGACUGGGGCCCACUAUUGGCAUGGUUUUACGGAUUGGAUUAAUGGGCGUCAAUAGUACAAAAGCUAAUGCAGAUCUUGUGCUCCAAGCUCUGAAGGAUGCCCUUCAGAAUUGCAAGAAAAGCUAAGGUCAGAAGCACUGGACAUUUCCAAGUCCUGUUAACCAGGCGACUGAAGAAAAAUCUAUUUACUGAAGUACAUAAAAAUGAUAAAACAAAACUUUGCUCCUACUGUAGCAAAGCCCAUCAGUGACUUUAGAUCUUUAAAUGCUAACAGCUUGUUUCAUGGAAUCCAAGAUGUUCUAAACAAUUAAUGAAGAAAAUCAAUGAAUCAAAUCUAUUCUGAAUUUGGAGAAGAAUUUGUCUGGACUUGGAGGGUUGGUAUCUUCAUGGACAUCAUUAAACUUUAUUUGUUUUUGAACUUUGCAAAGCUAAACAUAAUGAGGAAUGUAAUCACAGUUUUCCUUGCCCCAGAAUAAUGGCCUUCAGCCCCUAAUGGGUCUGGGUGUCAGAGAAAAAGGGUACAAAGGUACACCCAAUGCUGUUAUGUAUGAUAUAAAUUAAGGAAGGAAUUAUUCCAACAGCCCCGCCUUUCCAGUCAGACCAGGUGGUGCCUGGGUUAUGUGAAUGAAGUAGGUGAAGGAAAGUGAUCACAUUGAUAGCUGGAGUUAUUGUGAAGGUAACAGACCUCACUUUGGUCAUGGCAUUGUUGAGAAUUGCAGCAAUCCAAUAUGCUUAUUUAAAAGAAUGAAACAAGUGAAAGACACUUAAUGAAUAAAAAUCAUUCUGCUAU